ACAAAAUGGCGGACAAGCGCAAGCUGCCGAUCGAUAUUCAAUACAAGCAGCUCCUGGAGGCGCUGGUGGACCGCCGUAUCGUGCCGAAUAAAUGGCUCGAGCAGCACAAACAGAUCCGUGACGCAAUCGCCGCGCUAUACCUGGAACUUCCUCUGGCCAGCGAAGCGCUGUCCAAAUUCCGCUCCAAGAAGCCUAGUCAUGAGGACCUCAACUAUUUUGACUGCAAGUUUAUCUUCCAAUGCCUUGAGCAAUCGGACGAGGGCGCCUCGAAGAACUUUUUCGGCCAGUAUACGUCGCCCGUGCUGAAGCGGUGGAGCGCACUGAUCCGCCAGUAUCAGAAGAACAACGUCUUCGCAGCCGAGACGGCGCGUAUCAUCGCCCAGAACACGGCGUUUGAGAUCCCGUUCUUGAAGAAAUCGAUCCAGCAGAACGAAAAGCAAGUCGCUGACAACAAUCGCAAGAUGGCGGACCUGACGAGGAGCAUCGCAGAGUACAAGCGUAAGCUGGAGACCUCGUGCGCCGACAUGGGCAUUGCGGGCGAAAACUUCCGUGAAGAGCUGCGUCGUUUGCCGAUGGAGCUACCAUCCUUGUUUGACGGCGUCGCGAAAGCCAUUUGUAGCGAUGAGAUUGCCACUGCUAUCGAGUAUCACCAAGCUCUCCAGGCGUAUCUACACGACUGUGAGAUCCCUGUUGUGGUGACGGAAUCGAUAAGUUCUUCUUCGUCAAAGAAGAAGAAGAAGAGCAAGAAGCAGGUUGAAGCGGCGGAAGAGCCUGAGGUCACGACCGAUGAGCCCUUUGAGCUCGUUUUGGCCCCGCACAAAUUCUUUGCUGCCAUCGAAGAAUUGCGUAAUGCGAGCAAUGAGUUGGUGGAAACGACGGCUACACUGGAUUUCGAGGCGGAAGCUGCAGAGAUCAGUUGGGAUAUCUCGCUGGACGGCAGCGGCACCGCUGAAGUGGGAGAAAUCGACUGGGGAAUCGAGACGGUGGCGUCUACUGAACCUGCUGAAAUUACCGUUGACGAUGCACCGGUCGAGAUCGAUUGGGACAUUACAACCUCUGAUGCCGUGGAGCCUGUCAACGAAGUCAGCGCUCCUGAAGCUGCUGACGUCGUAGAGCCGGUUCCUAUUACGACUGGACAGGCCACUCGUGUGGGUCUACUGGACGACAACGAGUUCCGCACACGAGUGCUCAACGAUCUACUGGAGCUACGGGCGUUCCUCCGUCAGCGACUUGUUGAAUUGUCUGGGAGCGAUUCAGUAGCCUUCGCCAAUCAGUUCCAGGGCUCUUCGUCGCUAUUGGAACAGCAAAGUACGGCGAAGAUCGAGGAGCUACAAGCUGCAGUGGACGGGGCUGUAUCUUUGUUGACAAGCAAGCGUCUUCAACAAUUGGUACUUAUUAAAACCUCGGAGCGAUAUUUGGACAGACAUGUGGCGAGUCUGGAGAUGUUGACGAAGCACAUGGACAAGUGUGGACGCGAAAUUCACGCGUUGGAGGACAAGAAUGUGGACCUCAUUGAUGCCACGAAAAACGUGCAGCCUCAGAUCAAUGCUCUGGUGGCUACAACGAAGAAGCUCAAGAAGGAGUUAGAAGCAGCGUUACCGCCGCUGUUCAAGGGGUACAAGGUCAACAUCGUGGGCGAAGUCAACAGCCUGUAGUUAUUCUCUCUUUAUCAUCAUGCUAUAUUCUUCGAAAUAAUGUGGAGAUGCUGAGUG